UGGGCUUCUUGUUGUGCGCCUGUUGCUAGGCGUUUGUGAGGGGGGUCGAUCACUGCCGGAUUCUUGAUUGUACUACACUCAGACGGAACAGACCCUGCGUUAUUGGUUUCUGAUGAAUGGCACUGAUGCGCUUACAAAAUGCGAUGCUUGAUGUUGCCGCCUAAGCCAGCAAACUCUAGCACAAAUCAUGUCUCGGCUUUGGACAAUGUGCCUAACUCAUUGACAAACCAGCAGACACUCAUCCUCGCUUCGUUCGGAUUUAGCGCUCUACAGACGACUCUAUUGUCAUGUGUUCCUGGUAUCAUUGAAGUCUUGACAAUCUUGACUGGUGUUCGGCUCGCUGCACGACGGCCCAAUUCCAGAGCAUAUGUUGGUGCUAUUUACUUCGUCCCAGCGUGGUUGGGCAUCCUGCUAGUCAACUUACUUCCUUGGUCGAAUCGGACUGGACUUCUGAUCAGCCGGUACCUGACUGUGAUCAGUGUGCCUGGGUUCAUCCUCUCGUUGCUGUGGCUUAAUAGUGUUUGACUGCUGGUCAUACGAAGAAGGUUGUUCCUAACGCCAUCAUGCUCUCAGAAUACUGCAUUGUCAACUCAGCUGGCCCCUUCACGUGGAAGCUGCGGUAGGUUAUUCUUCGAGUGACUCUAGGAAGAUUGGCGCAUGUCACAUCGUCUGUCCGGUACUUCUUCUUAUCAU